ACAAAAAAAACAAUAAUAUACUCUGUCCUCCCCUCUUUCAUUUCGUUCCUUCCUCUCUGAGUCACUCAUUACCGAGUCAACAUCACCUUAGCCUGCCCUCAUCUUUCACCGAGUCACACGAGUCACCAUUUCACCAUUACAUACAGCCUCUAGAACGUCUCCUCUUUUACUUUGACUGAGUCACUCGCUCCGAGUCAACUCUGUUAAAUGAGAUACAUACACACAGUUCCUAGGGUUUUGUAAGUCUAUAUUGUACGUGUAUCCGUUAAUUCCGAUCCAAAGAUGAUGGUAUCUAGAGGCCUGUUCGGCUGGUCGCCGCCGCACAUACAACCGCUAACUCCGGUGUCGGAAGUCUCGGAGCCGCCGGAAUCGCCGUCGCCGUACUUAGAUAGCAGCGCCGCUGAUGCGGUCGGAGUUGAAACGGAGGAUGAGAUGGAUGAGGAAGAGGAGAUGGAGCCUCCACCAGCUGCGGUGCCGUUUUCGAGACUGUUUGCUUGUGCGGAUAGGCUGGAUUGGGUGCUAAUGGUGUUUGGAUCGGUAGCUGCUGCAGCGCACGGGACUGCUUUGGUUGUGUACUUGCAUUAUUUCGCGAAGAUUAUUCAUUUGCUCUCGCAUAGUUCCGAUUCGCCUGAAAAGUUGUUCGAUAGGUUUACUGAGCUUUCUUUAACAAUUCUUUAUAUUGCUGGUGGUGUUUUUGCUGCUGGAUGGAUUGAGGUGUCAUGUUGGAUUUUAACCGGAGAACGUCAGACUGCUGUGAUUAGAUCAAGAUAUGUUCAAGUGCUACUUAAUCAAGAUAUGAGUUUUUUCGAUACCUAUGGGAAUAAUGGAGACAUUGUGAGCCAAGUAUUAAGUGACGUGUUGCUCAUCCAGUCUGCUCUUAGUGAAAAAGUAGGAAAUUAUAUUCAUAACAUGGCUACCUUCUUCAGUGGUCUCGUGAUUGGAUUCAUCAACUGUUGGCAAAUAGCGUUAAUUACAUUAGCUGCCGGUCCAUUUAUUGUUGCUGCAGGAGGAAUAUCAAAUAUAUUUCUGCAUAGGCUUGCGGAAAACAUUCAAGAUGCAUAUGCUGAAGCAGCAAGCAUUGCAGAACAGGCAGUUUCAUACAUUAGAACCUUGUAUGCAUUUACAAACGAAACAUUAGCAAAAUAUUCAUACGCAACUUCGCUACAAGCUACCCUAAGAUAUGGUAUUUUGAUAAGUCUCGUACAAGGCCUUGGGCUGGGAUUCACAUACGGGCUUGCAAUUUGCUCUUGUGCUCUGCAACUUUGGGUGGGCAGGUUCUUGAUUACGCAUGGAAAAGCUCAUGGAGGUGAAAUUGUCACAGCCCUUUUUGCUGUCAUUUUAAGUGGCCUGGGACUAAAUCAAGCUGCAACAAAUUUCUAUUCAUUUGAGCAAGGUAGAAUUGCUGCUUAUAGACUUUUUGAGAUGAUCAGUCGUUCAUCCUCCACAGUAAACCAUGAUGGAAAUACCCUUUCCUCUGUACAAGGAAACAUCGAGUUUCGAAAUGUAUAUUUCAGCUAUCUGUCUCGGCCUGAAAUUCCUAUCUUGAGUGGGUUUUACCUUACUGUUCCUGCAAAAAAGACUGUCGCCCUUGUUGGCAGAAAUGGCUCUGGUAAGAGCAGUAUUAUACCACUCAUGGAGCGCUUUUAUGAUCCUACAUUAGGAGAAGUACUAUUAGAUGGGGAAAAUAUCAAGAAUCUAAAGCUGGACUGGCUAAGAAAUCAGAUUGGUUUAGUCACUCAAGAACCUGCUUUGCUUAGUCUGAGCAUCAGGGACAACAUUGCUUAUGGGCGGGAUGCGACAAUGGAUCAGAUAGAAGAAGCAGCUAAAAUAGCGCAUGCUCACACAUUUAUCAGCUCACUCGAAAGAGGAUACCAGACACAGGUGGGUAGGGCUGGAUUGGCAUUGACAGAAGAACAGAAAAUAAAACUUUCGGUUGCCAGAGCAGUCAUUUCAAGCCCGUCUAUUCUUCUUCUGGAUGAGGUCACUGGUGGGCUUGAUUUUGAAGCAGAGAGAUCUGUUCAGGAGGCUUUAGAUCUUCUCAUGUUAGGCCGAUCAACUAUAAUAAUUGCUCGACGACUUAGUUUGAUAAAAAAUGCUGACUAUAUAGCUGUAAUGGAAGAAGGUCAACUUGUUGAAAUGGGUACCCAUGAUGAAUUGAUUACUUUAGAUGGCUUAUAUGCGGAGCUUCUGAAAUGUGAAGAAGCUGCAAAAUUACCAAGGAGGAUGCCCAAGCGAAACUACAAAGAGGCUACAGCAUUCCAAAUUGAAAAAGAUUCUUCAGCAAGUCAUAGCUUCCAAGAACCAUCAUCUCCCAGAAUGGCCAAAUCACCAUCUCUGCAGAGAGUUUCUGCUAUCCAUGCAAUUCAGCCCCCAGACGGCACUUUUAGCUCGCAUGAAUCACCAAGAAAUCAGAGCCCUCCUCCAGAACAUAUGGCUGAAAAUGGUCUAGCGUUGGAUGGGACAGAUAAGGAACCUUCAAUGAGAAGACAGGAUAGUUUCGAAAUGAGACUACCAGAUUUGCCAAAGAUUGAUGUCCAUUCGGCAAAUAGACAUACGUCGUAUACUUCUGAUCCUGAAUCGCCUGUUUCACCACUUUUGACAUCUGACCCACAAAAUGAGCGAUCCCAUUCACAAACCUUUAGUCGACCACUCAGUGAAUAUGAUGACUUGCCAAUGGAAAUGAAAGAAGAGAAAGAUGUGAAACAUCGAGGAAUACCAUCAUUUUGGAGGCUUGUCGAGCUUAGCUUAGCAGAAUGGCUUUAUGCUGUUCUAGGAAGCAUAGGGGCAGCUAUCUUUGGUUCCUUCAAUCCGCUUCUUGCUUAUGUUAUUGCACUUGUAGUGACCACAUAUUAUAAUAAAGAAAAACACAACUACCGGGAAGACGUAGAUAAAUGGUGCUUGGUAAUUGCCUGCAUGGGUGUUGUAACAGUGGUUGCCAAUUUUCUGCAGCACUUUUAUUUUGGUAUAAUGGGUGAGAAGAUGACAGAAAGAAUUAGGAGAAUGAUGUUUUCAGCAAUGCUUCGCAAUGAAGUGGGAUGGUUUGAUGAAGAAGAGAACAGUGCUGAUACUUUAUCCAUGCGUCUAGCAAAUGAUGCUACAUUCGUAAGAGCUGCUUUUAGCAACCGAGUGUCUAUAUUUAUUCAAGACAGUGCCGCUGUUAUAGUGGCUGUUCUGAUCGGGAUGAUACUUGAAUGGCGACUGGCACUUGUCGCUCUGGGGACACUGCCUGUGUUAACCAUUUCAGCUAUUGCUCAGAAAAUGUGGCUUGCUGGAUUCUCAAAGGGUAUACAAGAGAUGCAUAGGAAGGCGUCUUUGGUCCUUGAAGAUGCUGUCAGAAAUAUAUACACUGUCGUGGCUUUCUGUGCUGGCAACAAGGUAAUGGAGCUUUACAGAAUGCAACUGAGGAAAAUAUUUAAACAGAGCUUCCUACAUGGAAUGGCUAUAGGCUUUGCUUUCGGGUUUUCACAAUUUCUGCUAUUUGCGUGCAACGCAUGUCUUCUCUGGUAUACUGCAGUAUGCAUUAAACAUAAUUACACAAGUCUUCCAACUGCUCUCAAGGAGUACAUGGUUUUCUCUUUUGCCACAUUUGCUCUCGUGGAGCCAUUUGGCUUGGCUCCUUACAUACUUAAAAGAAGGAAGUCUUUAAUUUCUGUAUUCGAAAUCAUUGAUCGAGUUCCGAAGAUCGACCCUGACGAUAACUCAGCAAUGAAACCUCCGAAUGUUUAUGGUAGUCUGGAAUUAAAAAAGGUUGACUUUUCUUAUCCAACACGACAAGAGGUCUUGGUGUUGAGCAAUUUUAAUCUCAAAGUCAAUGGUGGGCAAACUGUUGCAGUAGUUGGGGUUUCAGGGUCUGGAAAGAGCACCAUACUAUCUUUGAUCGAGAGAUUUUAUGAUCCAGUUUCUGGACAGGUUUUUCUAGACGGCAGAGAUUUAAAAGUAUACAACUUGAGGUGGUUGCGCAAUCACCUUGGUGUUGUUCAACAAGAACCAAUCAUAUUCUCAACCACGGUCAAGGAAAAUAUCAUUUAUGCGAGGCACAACGCGAGUGAAGCUGAGAUGAAAGAAGCUGCAAGAAUAGCGAAUGCUCACCAUUUUAUCAGUAGUUUACCUCAUGGUUAUGAUACACAUGUUGGAAUGAGGGGUGUGGAUCUUACCCCAGGACAGAAACAAAGAAUUGCAAUUGCUCGUGUCGUGUUAAAGAACGCUCCCAUUUUGUUAUUGGAUGAGGCAAGCUCAUCAAUUGAGUCCGAAUCAAGCCGAGUUGUUCAGGAGGCGCUCGAUACAUUAGUCAUGGGGAACAAAACCACCAUUCUCAUAGCCCAUAGAGCAGCUAUGAUGAGACAUGUUGACAACAUCGUUGUACUGAAUGGAGGCCGAAUUGUUGAGGAGGGGAGCCAUGAUAUGUUGAUGGCAAAGAAUGGCUUGUAUGUCCGGUUAAUGCAGCCUCACUUUGGAAAGGGUAUGAGGCAGCGUAGACUAAUAUAAGUAACUUUGUGACUGUACAGUAACUUCCUUUUUCUUAUCACAUGCUUUACAAGAUUUGACAACACAACUUUUGGCUGUACAAUUGCGGGUCUGAUUAUGUUCGUAAAUGGUAGUGGUGGCAGCCUAGGAUUAUGCACCUUGUGCAGACUGAGAUGUGAAGGCUAGAAUUUACAAGUGUUCUGUGAGCUUAAGGUUGGAGUGUGCUAUACAGGUAGAUGCAUAUUCUUCUGGACAAUCACAUUAUCAAUGUGUUUUGUCCCCAUUCUUUAGACAGUUAGCUGUAGUCACAGGAAGAGAUGGCUAUGUUGUUUUUUCGAAGUGUGAUGCGUUUCAUUGAACUCCAUUUGCUCCCUUGCUUGCAAUCUUCUAGCGACUUCAUUUCUUCAGUUGGUGAAAAAGGGCAGCUGACGAGGAGGGAAGGCAGAUAUUUGUUGUUCUCUUUGUGUAUAAUGAGUCAAACUAGACUGUUCUUCGGCAGGCUUCUUUUUUAAAAAAAAUUAAUUUUAUUUUUAUUAUUAAGCAGAUUUGAAAUAUAGGCUUUUCAUUAUAGGUUAUUUUAAUGUAAAUUAUAGCUGAAGCAGUUUUGUAAUGUAAAUUAAAAGGUUAUAUUUGGAGGCUAAUUGAAUUAAUGUUGGCGGUUUUUUUUUUAA